AUGUCAACUUCAGAAGUCCUUACUCUGCUUCAUCAGCUCACUUCCCUGCGCAAUAUGACCGUAAUCUUCACGGGCAUUUACUUCCACGAGUUUCUUACGAACUUGGAUCAUGAUUGGACUAUUCUGCGCCGGCAGAAAGAGCAUCGGCUCGGAGCGCGUGUUGCUCAAUGGACCUACCUAUCGUGCCGAUUGCUCGCAUUGUUCUACGGCAUCUGCAUAUCCAUCGUAGCCUUCCCGGGCCGACGCAAUUGCGAGGUCGUGAUGAAGCUCAAUGUGAUCACAAACUUUCUUAGUAUGCUGUGCUCCUCUGCUCUGCUCUCCAUACGUAUUGGUGCCAUUUGGAGAUGGAAUAGGUUUAUAGUGUCAACCUUACUCACCAUUCUACUGGUCACCUUGGGGCUAGCUAUAUAUUGCGUAGUGAAGAUCAAUUCUUCCUAUGAUACAACUAUACAAUUCUGUGGCCUGGACGGCGUCCACACAGCCCUACCCGCCUUCGUGGGAAUCUUGCUCGGAGAUUGCGCAUUACUCGCGCUGCUCCUUGUAGGGUUGCAGACCAAAUGGCGCGAUGUUCGCAAGUUGCGCACAUGGAGGUUGUUAUGGACACAGGGUUGGGUGUACGUCUUGCUAGCAAUUGUAGUCGAGGUACCCUCAGUAGUUCUGCCGGUUUUGGAUAUCAACCCUUUCCUGAACUCUAUGUUCAUUACCCCCGAAGCCAUAAUCCUAGCGGUGGGAGCAACCCGACUGUUUCGCUCGCUCAACAGCGCUACUCAAGGUGACAUAGUCAGCCAGCAGUUCACGGUAUCUCGCGAAGCCGUCGUUCCUCGUCACAAUAUCCGACUCAAACCGCUGCGGGGACGAAGGACUGGAAGGGUACCCGACAUCGCCAAGUCGCGAGCGUGA